ACUUGAUCAUUUGAUAACUGAUAUCAUGUCAGACGAGAAUCAACCCCCUUCAAAAAAAAGACACAUUUCGACUGAUAAAUUGAACGUUAAGCAUGCAAUAUCGGAAAUUGGAAUAUUUAUCAACAAAGUGAAGAAUAAGUUAGAAGAAUUCAUUCAAUCAAAAAAUAAAAUACUAAAUUUAAGUUGUGGGGAAAACAGUUUUAAUUCUCAAGACGAGCUACACGGUGACCACAACUCUGAGGAUAAUCAAAUCGGACAGUUCUCAACAUCAAGCGAAUGUCAAACAGUUUUUAAAGAGCUAGGAAUAAACAAUGUUAAUAAGAAAAUCUCUAAAUUGCUAGGUAUAUCAGAAAGAUCAGUAUAUGGAAUUAAAAUCAACGAUGCCAAAUUAAAUACUGAAUCAGUAAAAAAACUCAGCUCAAAAAAAAUAGUUUGCGAAGAAUUUUUUAUCUCUAUGAUAAGACGAUUAAAUCAGGAAUUUUAUAAAAAUAAAGAAUAUCCUACGGCCAGAAAGUUACUUGAUCGUUGCUUAGAUAAUCCCGAAUUUCCAAGAAUCAAACUAACGUUGUUUAGGGAGUGGAUGAUAAAUGAAUGCAAAUUUAAGUACCGAAAAAUCAAUAAAAAACCUGUGUUCUUGGAACGCUACGACAUCGUCGCCCAACGAGAAUUCUACCUAAGAAGUAUUCGCAAGUUUCGCCAAGAAGGAUACUCAGUAUUCUACUCUGAUGAAACCUGGGCGUCACCUGAUCAAGCGAGGAGUCGUUGCUGGCAGAUUUUAUUAUCUGAUGAAGAGUAUAAAGACAUGACGGGGUUUUGGGGUGGCGACUGUUUGCGGGAUAUGAACGGUUAUGCUGGGGGAUUUUUAUUGAAGUCGGCAAACGGACGCAUUAUAAUUAACCACAUUGGCAACGAAUUAGGAUUUUUGGCUUGGUUUGCCAAAAUUGUCGGAUUGGUGCCAGACAAAUCGGUGUUAGUGCUGAACCAGGCCCCUUACCACAAAAAAAGGGUAAAAGACUCAAUUAUGCCAACCAUGGCGUGGUUAAAGGCAGACAUACUAGCUUGGUUUGAAAGAAACGCUAUUCCAUUGCCAGAGAAUGUUUCUAACUUCUGCACUAUGACGAAACAAACUUUAAUAGCGCUGUCAAAAAAAUAUCCGAAGCCGAAGAAAUUCAUUGUAGAAGAAAUUGCCGAAGCCUCCGGGAAAAAUAUAAGAAUUUUGUGGUUACCUCCAGCUCAUUGUGAGUUCAAUCCCAUAGAAUUAGUUUGGUCAUUCAUAAAAAAUGACAUUGCUACUAAUAAUAAAGGCAAUAAUGCUGAGGGAAUAUUAGAGUUGGCAAAAUUAGCUAUUUUAAAAGUAACACCUGAAUUAUGGAGCCGUUGUGUAAAGCAUGCGAUUAAAUAUGAGGAUCGUAUGUGGGAUAGGGAUAAGCUUGUUGAUGAAUUUAUUUCUAACCCGAAGAUGGCUCAAAUUAUAAUUACUGCAGGAAAUGAUUCUUCCGAUUCUAGCUCUUCUGAUUCUGACGACAAUGAAUAAUAUAUCAUAAUAAAUAAAGAAUAUGUAAAAUUUGAA